AAACACUUUCUGCUACUUAAAAACAGAUCAGUCUCUCUCUUCUUCCUCCCUUCACCGGCGUUCGUCAGAUCGAAGCACGUAUCUCUCUCUCUCUCUCUCUCUCUCUCUCUCUACAAGAUGCAGUUCACGGAUGCGAAGCUACUCCCGGACGCCUCGUCUUGCUCCUUGGACUCCGAAAGAACUUUGUAUCCGUAUGUGACGGGCACGUCUGUGGUGGCUUUCAAGUACAGGGAUGGGAUUCUCAUGGCUGCUGAUAUGGGAGGUUCUUAUGGAUCCACCUUGAGAUACAAAACUGUUGAGCGAAUAAAACCUAUCGGACAACAUUCUCUCCUUGGUGCAAGUGGAGAGAUAAGUGAUUUUCAGGAAAUUUUGCGUUACCUCGAUGAACUCAUUCUUUACGACAAUAUGUGGGAUGAUGGAAAUUCUUUGGGUCCCAAAGAGGUGCAUAAUUAUCUGACUCGGGUUAUGUACAAUAGGCGGAACAAGUUCAACCCCUUGUGGAACUCACUGGUUCUAGGUGGAGUUAAGAAUGGGCAAAAAUAUCUUGGCAUGGUUAGCAUGAUAGGUGUGAAUUUCGAAGAUAACCAUGUGGCUACUGGGUUUGGCAAUCACCUUGCACGGCCAAUUCUUCGCGACGAGUGGAAUGAGAACUUGAGUUUUGAAGAUGGUGUUAAGCUAUUGGAGAAGUGCAUGCGUGUGCUUUUGUAUCGUGACAGAUCUGCAGUCAAUAAGCUUCAGAUUGCAAAAAUCACUGAAGAAGGAGCAACAAUCUUUCCACCCUACUCUUUGAAAACCUUCUGGGGCUUUGAAGCAUAUAAGAACCCCACCAUUGGUGCAGAAGGUUCAUGGUGAACUUUGAUCUGCAUAUUCUUAUGUUUGUGUAGACCCUGAUCUUGCCAUGUUAAUCGUGUGAUGUGACACUUCGAAAAUGUUGUUGUUUUAGAUGUUUCGGAGAGGUUUCUUUGGUAGAGAAACCUUCUAUUCCAUUUUCGUCUUAAAUCUCAGUUGCACUUUACAGAUUUGUGGUCAAUUGUACUUCUUAUGGUUGCUUCAUCUAAACCUUUUUUCAGUC